ACCAUGAGUCCAAUGUCAGUGUCAAAUGAAUUUUUAAAUAGGUUAGCGCGGCGAAAAAACAUUUGAAUUAUUUUUAUUUCGUUUCAGUAACUGUAUGAUAAUGUCACCCAAGAGAAUAUAAAUCACUACGCUUUAUUAGAUUUAUCAUUUAAAUAGUGUACACGGUUUUGUUAGAACUUUCUUCAUCCAGUCAUAAUGGUCGAACUCAUGAAACGAGCCUUGGAGCUGGCUUCCGAUGCACUAGCAGCUCAAGAAGUACCAGUUGGGUGUGUUUUCACUAUCAAUGAAACAAUUGUGGCAGAGUCCAGGAACAGUGUGAAUGUUACCCGAAAUCCAACUAGGCAUGCAGAAAUGAACUGUAUCGAUGCUGUUAUAGAGUACUGUAAAAACAACAAUAUUGACCAUGCUAGUUAUUUUAGAAAUAUCGUAGUUUAUGUUACUGUCGAGCCUUGCAUUAUGUGUGCAGCUGCACUGAAUAUUUUGAAAGUACAUGAAGUCGUCUAUGGCUGCGCCAAUGACAGAUUUGGUGGUUACACAGUGCUAGAUGUAAGAAAAUUUUAUGAACCUAAUUAUAUAUUGACUGGUAACUUGUGCGCUGACGAGGCAAUGGCUCUUUUAAAGCAGUUUUACAAAGGAGUUAAUCCAAAUGCCCCUGAAUCAAAAGUGAAGAAAAAGCCAUCUUAACCUAUCACAAUAAUUCUCAAUCUUACUAAUAUCCAGUUAUUCUAAUCCACUAUUUAAAUAAAGCUAGACUGGUAAGGUUACUUAAAAAUUGUUUAUGGGGCAUGCUCAAAAAUUAUCAUUUAUACUAAUAAUUACUCUCAUAAUUAUAUUUGAAUCCAUACCUAAUUAUAUUAUAUUAUAAACGUGAAAGUGUGUCCCAUCUUUUACCAUAUCACUACAUUAACAAGUUUUGUCAAAGGCACAAAAUGCUGUUAUCAUCCUGGAAAAAUCAAAGAGCUUUAAAAAGGACUGACCACUGUGGUUUUCAAAAACCCCAAACCCAUGUGGACAAACUUGCAUCAUUAACAAUAUUGUAAAAGUGUAUUAUUAUUUUGUACAAAACUGAUAUAGGAUACAUUACAAUUUUAUAAUUAUGUGUUUACCACAUUUUGAUAAGAAUAUAGUGAAAUCAGGUUGUUUAGUAAUAAUGUUGUUUAAUAAAGUGAACAAAGAUGUUAUCAAGACUAGCUUAUGAUCGCAACUUCGUCCUUGUAAACUACACAAAUGUCAAACCCCUAUUCUACCCCCAUAGGAGUUGAAUUUUCAAAAAACCUCUCUUAGCAGAUGUCUAUCUAAAUAAUAAUAUAAUCGAUAAUAGCUAUUUGCUUUGCUUGUCAAAUUUCAGCCCGGGUUGUCCAGCAGUUUGAGCUAUGCAUUAAUAAAUCAGUCAGCUUUUCUUUUAUAUAUUUAGACUCUUGUUCAACUUAAGCUUUGCUUGCUUCAUGACUUGAGUGCAAGUGUUUUUUUACAAAUCUAGAUUUAAAUUAGGCCUUUUAUUCCACUACAAAUAAGAUCUUGGCUGCAAUCUCACAAGGUAGUAAGUGAUAAUGCAGUCUAAGAUGGAAGCAGGCUAGCCUGGAAGGGCUAUGGCAGUUUUUUAAAACCUAUUUGUCAUAUUGAUGUAUACACUACAUCAUACUGGAAUGUUAAAUCGUUAGGUAGGGUGGCAGCUAGCCACGGCCGUUGCUCCCUACCAGACCAGAGACAAUUUAGAAAUUAUACUCUCAAGUUGUAUCCGCCAGGAAUCAAACCUGGGACCUCUCACUUGUAAGAACACAGUUCUAGAUGUAAAAAAUAAGAGAUAUGAAUUAAUAUUCCAUUUAUUUUAGAAUCCAUAGUUACAUAGAUAAAUUAAAUAUAGCAUGCGGGCAAAAAUAUUUACAUAAAACUAUAAAUUUAGCUUUUAAAUUUUUUAUAAAAUUAAAGAAAAGGAUCAAAAUUAUCCAGUUUUAAUGGGCGAUUUUGCAACUAUGUCUAAAAAUAGUGUAAAACAAGAAAAAAAACUUCCAACUGCAAUAAAAUUAAUCAACUGGUCCAAAAUAUUUAUGCCUACAUUUUAUUUUAAACAUGCUAAAAGUACUAUAAAAAAAAAUCAAUCCAUACUGAGAGAUAGUGAUAGCAAAAUUGUUAUCUUUAAUUUCCAUUAAUAAAAUUAACCAUAUCAGCUUAGAUUAAGGAUUGGUUUCUGCUGUCAAAGCAUAGUGGAGAUCAAUCCCUGAUCUAAGCAUAUCAGCAUAAUAUAUUUCCAACAGGCAAAUGUAUGGUAUCUUCUUCAUCAAUUUUAUGAAGUCUAGUUUAACAAACCGUGACAAAAAUAAUAAUUGUAAGUAGUCACAGCCAAACAGAAAUGCUUGGUAUUGGAAAUAUAUGCUUACAUGUUGCUAGUGAGAUAACAAUUUUCUUAUCAAACCGUAAUGUGUAGGACAUUUAAAAAUAAAUUCAAUAACAUGUUGUGCAUGUGUUAAGACUUAAUUAAAAGUAGUUUUAUAAUUGUAUAUUAUAGCAUAAGUGUACAUUCUAAUGUGUUGCCUGAAAGACAACUUAAAAUAUAUCCCCUGACUAAUUGGCUUCACUGACCAACGCUGCACUGCCAAACCAAAGCACAUAGCUUAAAGAUCAAAUCUGUGGGCAACAAUCUCUUUCAGGUUUUA